CAUUCUGCAGUUGGCCAGACGCUCGGCAUCGGGUUACGGGCAAGAGAGCCCUAAGCACGGUGCUCAAGACGCCAGCAUGGUGCUCCAUCGACAGUCCCUGCCUACGACCCGCGUGCCGCUGCUCUUCGCGCUCUCCAUGGCGCGGCCUGCCGUGCGCCGCCAGCGCCUGGUGAGCGCGGCGAUGGCUGCGCCGGCGCGCGAGGGCUACGCCUCGCCCUUCUUGUCGGGCAAGGGCAACGACGACUUUGUCGUGCGCAAUGACCGGAACGACGUGCGCGUGCUGCAGUGCCCGACUCCGCCGGUGCUGCGGCAGGGGAUCGCGGAGACGGCCGGCCUGCCUCACAUCUGCGUGGCGGGCGAGUCCAACGCGGGCAAGUCUAGCCUGAUCAACCACCUGCUCAAGAAGAAGCUGGCCAAGGCGUCUUCGGUGGCGGGCAAGACGCGCUCGGUGGACCUGAUGCUCGUCAACGGGCGGCUCGUGCUCGCCGACCUGCCAGGGCUGCCCUCGCGCGACCACCAGGUCGAACGGCUGUGGCGCUCCACCUGGGAGCCGCUCGUCGCCUCGUACGUGCGCGAGUGCGAGCCGCUCCGCGCGAUGCUGUACGCUCACGACAUCCGCUGGAAGGUCACCCCGCUGGUCCGCUCCUUCCUGCAGGACGUGCAGGCCUCAGGCCUGCCCGUCGUGCUCGUGCUGACAAAGGACGACCGGAUCGCGGACGAGGCGGACGACCGCCCAAGCGAGGCGCGGAGGCGGCUCAAGCUGACGCAGGCGGUGCGCCGCUCGCUCGACUUCCGAGGCCUCCACUUCCACUACUCGACCGAGUCCUCCCUCCCCUCCAGCCGCAGAGGCAGGCGGCAGCUGCUCUCACUCAUCGAGGACCUCAUUGGCGAGCCCGGCGGCCGGGAAGAGUGCCGCAGGCUACUCGAGGCGCGCGCCGCCAAGAAGCAGGGCAGGGCGGAGCAGGACUAGCCCUAGUAGCCGCGCCGGCUGUACGUCUCGAGACGGACGGACGGGAGUUUAGGCCCGCAAUCGAGUCCGCGCCUACAGGGUUCUUUUGAGUGGACUCUUCCGGCCGUCAGGGCUCAGGGCAUAGGGCCGCUGUGACAGGUGUGGGUGGGCGUGUGACGGGGGCUGGGGGCGUGAGGGGGCCCCGGCGCCCGCGGCCCGGCGCCCGGCUCGUCGUUCGCUUCGGCCUCUCCGUCGGGGGACGGGUGUUGAAGCUUGAACGU